AUGGAAGUAGGUUUCACAUCGAAGUCUGUUGAAGAAACAGUAAACCUAAGCAGCAGUAUGAUAGACAAAGGCGGCGAAUUCUCGUCUGAAAUCAUGAAGGGAUCAACAUCGAAAACUGUGGAAGAAACAAUGGACCUAAGUGUCAGCACUGUAGAGCAAGAAAACCAAUUUGGUGCAUCGGGUAGAAACGACCAUUAUUCCGAAGAAGAAAAAGAAGGUGUCGGCUUGGAUGAUGAGUUCGAAAGGUCUGCCAUUUCAUGCUUUCGAUAUUUAAUCUUAUUCCUCAUGAUAUCUGUCACAAUCGCUGCCGGCGUUGCGACUUAUUUCUACCUCGAAGCAAAGGAGGACCACGAUUUCGAUAAAAAGUUUAGCAUUGUUGCUGGGGACAUCAAACAGCUGAGCUAUAGACGACUCUCAGAGCGUCUCACUGACUUUCAAUCACUUGCAUCGACUCUCACUGGACUGGCGGCCAACUCAAACACAACGUGGCCCUACUUCACCGAUGAUAACUACCCCAUGAUCGUUUCAAAUUUCAUGAAGACAACCCAUGCGGGGAUGAUAUUUCUUUCCCCUAUUGUCCAUGAGAUUGAAAAGAAGGAGUGGUCAAACUACACGCAGAGACGCCAGCAUUGGAUUGCUGAUAGUCUGGCCUUUCAACAAGAACCUCAGCCAGAUAAUGUAACGGAUAUCUUUCCAUCCAUUUUUCGACUGUCUGCCGGAGACAAGAUUCCAGAAGAAGGGUCGGGCCCAUUUCUCCCCAUUUGGCAAACAAUCCGAGCUCCUCGCAAUGGUGAUAUGGUGAAUUUCAACAUGCGCUCGGACACACAUUAUAGCAAUGUCUUCGACACUGUCCUCGAGACCAAAGCAUCUGCCAUGACUGAUCUCCUCGGAUUGUCAAAUCAAGAUUUUGUUCAACUAUAUGAUCCUGAUGUCCAAGCCCAGCCACAUAGUCUCUUCCUUCAGCCUGUAUUCAAAGACUCGACGGGACAAGAAGUUGUUGCAAUCUUGAAUUCAGAUGUGAGUUGGUUCCCCCUAUUCGCUCUUUUGAGUGACAAUCCUGUUCCUCCCGUUCAUAUUGUAGUGGAUGACGGCUGCGACGUGGUCUUUACCAUGAAGGUAACCGGCCAAAAAUCUGAAUUCGUAGGAUUUGGUGAUCACCACGAUCCAGACUACGAUGACCACGAGAUUGAGUUUCCCUUUGCUCCAGAUGUCGCCACGCAACAUAUUGCAGGAUCAGACUGUACCUACACCGUUCGGGUAUUUUCGACUUCUGAAUUCUACUACACAUACCAUCUCAAGUAUCCAGCAGUAACGGGCGGAGUGAUUGCCGCUUCGUUUGCAUUCAUGUGCCUGAUUCUGUAUCUGUACGAUUCCGCGGUACGCAUGAGACAAAGGAGGCUACUUCAUGUUGCCUCGAGAUCGGAACAACUACUCUCUGUUCUCUACCCCAAAUCGAUCAGAGAUCGGCUUUUUGGCCUCGAAAAGAAGGGAGAUAACAAUGCAGCACCGAAAAAGCGACCGAAAAGCAUCGAAGGGAAUGAUACUAUCUUCAACAAGUCGUCAAGAUUCCAACUCAAGAGCUUCAUGAAGAGCAAUCCAAAUGGAGGUUCAUUGGAUGCGUUCGCUUCAAAGCCAAUCGCAGAUCUAUUCUUGGAUUCGACAGUCAUCUUUGCUGACAUUUGCGGAUUCACUGCUUGGAGUUCCGUCCGGGAACCAGCUCAAGUUUUCACCCUGCUCGAAAGUGUGUAUCGAGCCUUUGAUGUGAUCGCCAAGAAGAGAAAAGUGUUCAAGGUAGAAACGGUGGGCGAUUGCUACGUGGCUGUGACCGGUUUGCCUGAACCAACCAAAGACCACGCGAAUAUCAUGGCUUCAUUCGCUCGGGAGAUUGUUGAUAGGUUUGGCGAGCUUGUUGGAUUCCUUGAAACAACUCUAGGACCAGAUACUGCAGAGUUGGGCAUUCGUGUCGGUAUGCAUAGCGGGCCUAUUACAGCUGGAGUUCUUCGUGGAGACAAGUCGCGUUUUCAGCUGUUUGGUGACACUGUAAAUACAGCGUCACGAAUCGAGUCCACCGGUAUGCGAAACAGGAUUCAAGUCUCUGGAGAAACGGCACAUCUGAUUAGAAGUGGCGACGACGGUCACUUGCUUCGAAGGCGAGGGCAAGCGGUGAUGGCGAAGGGCAAGGGUAAGCUGCAGACAUACUGGCUUUUGACGAGAAAAGAAGAGGGAGAGGAACAUGCCAUGGUAUACUCAGCGCAUAACAGCGACGACUUUGAAAAGACCAAUCGAAACACGCUUCCCGAAGACUUUGAAUCUGCCAAUCACUAUGCUGUUGAAGCAAUGCUCCCGGCAAAGCUCAAACGGCUCUGCCAAUGGAAUGUUGACGUUCUUGCCAAGGCAUUGAAGCAGAUUGUGGCCCAGAGAAUGGCGACAGGAAUCAAAACUAAACAAUUCGAAGAGGCCCUCGAUCAAAAGGAGGAUACAAUCAAGAGACAAAUGUACAUUCUUGACGAGGUCGUGGAGAUUGUGCCCCUUCCUGAAUUCGAUUCAGAAGUGUACACACGGCAAAAGGAUAUCGACGAAAUUGAGCUCCCAGAGGUCGUGAUAGAGCAAAUGCAACUAUAUGUCUCGUCAAUUGCCCUAAUGUACAGAAAGAAUCCAUUUCACAACUUUGAGCAUGCAAGUCACGUUACAAUGUCUGUGUCCAAGCUGCUGUCUCGAAUCGUCGCUGCAGAGGAUCUACUGAACGCUGACGAGACCGUCACUAAGUCGAAUGACAUUGGAGGGUCCAUCCAUGACCAUACGUACGGAAUCACCUCUGAUCCGAUUACUCGAUUCAGUGUCAUUCUUGCAGCAUUGAUUCAUGAUGUUGAUCACUCGGGUUUCUCCAAUGCCCAACUCGUCAAAGAUGAACACAUGAUAGCCAAGCAAUUCAAGAAUAAGAGCGUGGCAGAACAAAACUCGACAUUCCUGGCAUGGGAUCUUCUCAUGGAACCACGCUUCAAAGACUUUCGCCGAACCAUAUAUGCAGCACCAUUGGAACUAGAUCGGUUCCGACAGCUGAUUGCCAACACGGUGUUGGCUACUGACAUUAUGGACAAAGAACUACAAACGCUCCGUCGCAAUCGAUGGGACGCCGCUUUCAGUGACACCGUCGCGGCUUCCCCGUCUAGCGCAAGAGCAGAUGUGAAUCGUAAGGCUACCAUUGUGAUUGAGCACUUGAUCCAAGCAUCCGAUGUGUCUCAUACCAUGCAACAUUGGCAUAUCUACCGCAAAUGGAACGAGCGAUUAUUCGAGGAGAUGAUGGGAACCUACAAGAGGGGGAAGAUGGAUAAGAAUCCUGCCGACUUCUGGUUCCAAGGUGAGAUUGGAUUCUUUGACCACUAUAUCAUUCCACUGGCAAAGAAGCUGAAAGAAUGUGGCGUCUUUGGUGUUUCAAGUGACGAAUACUUGAACUAUGCCAUGGACAACCGGCGAGAAUGGGAAGAAAAGGGCGAAGCCUUUGUAGCUGAAAUGGUUGAAAGGUAUGGGAACGAUGUGGAGGAAAUGGUGCCGGCAGUAGAAGGGAUAGAUCUGCUACUUUGA